CUGAGGAAUAUUCAACAGUUAACACCAACAACAACAUUCAAACGCUAUCCUAACGACAUAAAUUUAGCGAUAAUAUUUUGUUUUUAUGUGUACAUAUAGUUAUGAAAAUAUUAAGAAAAUUCAAGUAUGCCGCGUUGAAUUGUCUUGCCUAAAUAGACGUUCUUUUACUUGAUUCUGACAGCAAGGCGUUUACAGAAUGACGUCUCACUCUGACCCGGAAUCACAACAACAGCCACCGCUGAUAGCUUUCUCGUCUCGCUAAUUUCCCUUCAAAGCGUAUUAUUAUUAUUUAUUAUUUAGCUACCCAAAAACACCAUAAACUCUCGCAGCGACUACAGCAGGCUAGUCACCCGCAGCGGCGAUGGGCAACCAGCUAGCGGGCAUCGCCCCGUCGCAGAUCUUGUCGGUGGACAGCUACUUCUCGGACAUCCACGAUCACGAGUACGACAAGAGCCUUGGCAGCACGCGCUUCUUCAAGGUGGCGCGCGCCAAGCACCGCGAGGGCAUGCUGGUGGUCAAGGUCUUCGCCAUCCAGGACCCCUCGCUGCCGCUGGGCAGCUACAAGCAGGAGCUGGAGGAGCUGAAGAUUCGCCUGCACUCCUGCCACAACUGCCUGCCCUUCCAGAAGACCUCGCUGACGGAGAAGGCCGCCAUCCUCUUCCGCCAGUACGUGCGCGACAACCUCUACGACCGAAUCAGCACGCGGCCCUUCCUCAACGACGUGGAGAAGCGCUGGCUGGCCUUCCAGAUCCUGACCGCCGUGGAUCAGGCGCACAAAGCCGGCGUGCGGCACGGCGACAUCAAGACGGAGAAUGUGAUGGUGACCAGCUGGAACUGGGCGCUGCUGAGCGACUUCGCCAGCUUCAAACCCACCUACCUGCCCGAGGACAACCCGGCCGAUUUCAACUACUUCUUCGACACGUCGCGCCGGCGCACCUGCUACAUCGCGCCAGAGCGCUUCGUGGACGGGAGCAUGUUUGCUGCCGAGAGCGACCAGAACACACCAUUGGUGGACCUGAGCAGCGGCAAUCAGAGGAGCAGGGGCGAGCUCAAGCAGGCCAUGGACAUCUUCUCUGCAGGCUGCGUGAUCGCCGAGCUCUUCACGGAGGGCGUCCCGCUCUUCGAUCUGUCUCAGCUGCUAGCGUACCGCAAAGGGCUCUUCCAGACGGAGCAAGUCCUGGAAAAAAUUGAGGACCGCAGCAUCCGCGAGCUGGUGGCCCAGAUGGUUCAACGGGAACCGGAACGGCGCUUGGCGGCCGAGGACUACCUGAAGCAGCAGCGAGGGAAAGCCUUCCCCGACAUCUUCUACACGUUUCUUCUGCCGUACAUGGCGCAGUUCGCCAAAGACACGUUCCAGUCGGCCGACGAAAGGAUACUGGUCAUACGCAAAGACCUGGACAACAUUCUGCACAACCUCAGAGACACCUCCCAUGACGCGGACGAGGGUCGAGUUAGCGCCAAGGAGCAGCAAGGCCUGACGGUGCUGGCGUCGGUCAUCACAUCCUGCCUGCAGACGCUCCACUCGUGCGACUCCAAGCUGGCGGCGCUGGAGCUGGUCCUCCACCUGGCGCCGCGUCUGGGCGUGGACAUCCUGCUAGACCGCAUCACGCCCUACCUGCUGCACUUCUGCAACGACCCGGCGCCGCGGGUUCGCGCCCAGGCCGUGCGGACCCUCACCAAGGUGCUGGCGCUGGUCAAGGAGGUGCCGCGGAACGACGUCAACAUCUACCCGGAGUACAUCUUGCCGGGGAUCGCUCACCUGGCGCAGGACGACGCUACCAUCGUCAGGCUGGCGUACGCGGAAAACGUGGCGCACCUGGCCGAAAGCGCCCUCCGCUUCCUGGAGUUGGUGCAGGAGAGCAACGUCAGUGCGGAUCAGGACGGCAACGGCGAGGAGACGGAGGAAACGCUACACCCCAACGACAACUACGACUCAGAGUUGCAGGCGCUCCACGAGAUGGUGCAGCAGAAGGUGGUGACUCUGCUGAGCGACUCUGAGAACGUGGUCAAGCAGUCGCUAAUGGAGAACGGCAUCACGCGACUCUGCGUCUUCUUCGGCCGGCAGAAGGCCAACGACGUGCUGCUCUCGCACAUGAUCACCUUCCUCAACGACAAGAACGACUGGCACCUGCGCGGCGCCUUUUUCGACAGCAUCGUGGGCGUGGCGGCGUACGUGGGCUGGCAGAGCUCGGCCAUCUUGAAGCCGCUCCUCCAGCAGGGUUUGAGCGACACAGAGGAGUUCGUCAUCUACAAGGCGCUCAACGCGUUGACGUGCAUGUGCCAGCUGGGUCUGCUGCAGAAGCCGCACAUCUACGAGUUUGUCGGCGAUAUCGCGCCCUUCCUGUGCCACCCCAACCUGUGGAUCCGUUACGGCGCGGUGGGUUUCAUCACGGUGGUCGCCCAGCACCUCAACGUGGCCGACGUCUACUGCAAGCUGAUGCCGCACCUCAACCCCUUCGUCACGCAGCCCAUCAUCCAGAUCGACAAGGAGCUGGUCCUGCUGAGCGUCCUGAAGGAGCCGCUGAGUCGCUCCAUUUUCGACUACGCGCUGCGCUCUAAGGACAUCGCCAGCCUCUUCCGCCACCUGCUGCUGCGGCAGAAGAAGCGGGCCGGGUCCAUCCCGGCGUGCCCGCCUCCCGAAGACCCCGCCGUGGCUCAACUUCUCAAGAAGCUGCUCUCGCAGGGAAUGACGGAGGCGGAGGAGGACAAGCUGCUAGCCCUCCGAGACUUUAUGCUAAAGUCCAACAAGGCUAAAGCUAACAUGGGCGAACAGACGCAUCUGGGCGAGGCGGCUCAGACCGGCGUGGUGGACUUGGCCUUGCUAGGCAUCAGCGGACGGCAAGUGGACCUCGCCAAGCCCAAGGGCGAGCCAGACGACAAACGAGCGAGGAAGCACACCAAGCAGGAUUCCAUCAUGAACGAGGAAUGGAAGAGCAUGUUCGGAUCACAAGAACCCGCCUCUAACGCCAACGCCGCCGCCACGCAGGCUUCUACGGUUCCCGACGGGCCUUCCGGACAAUCCCGAAAGAACCCGGCGGCGACGCCGGCGACGCAACAGUCGGCGACGAGCGGCCUGGCGUACCAGCGUCGCGCCAACACUUGCAAGGUGGAGCUUCAGCAGCUGGUCCAGCAGAAGCGCGACCAGUGCAGCGCCGAACGCAUGGCCAAGCAGAUGAUGGAAAGCGCCGAGUGGGAGAGUCGGCCGCCGCCGCCCGGGUGGCACCCCAAGGGUCUCCUGGUGGCUCACCUGCACGAGCACAAGGCGGCGGUCAACCGCAUCCGCGUGUCGGACGAGCACGCCAUCUUCGCCACGGCGUCCAACGACGGCGCCGUCAAAGUGUGGGACAGCCAGAAGAUGGAGGGCAAGACCACCACCACCAGGUCGGUGCUGACGUACUCGCGGGUGGGCGGCCACGUCAAGACGCUCACCUUCUGCCAGGGAUCGCACUACCUGGCCGUGGCGUCUGACAACGGCGCCCUUCAGCUGCUGGCCGUGGAGGCCAAUAAGCCGCCAAAGUCGCCAAAAGUCCAACCCUUCCAGACCAGGUCUCUGAACCUCCAAGAGGACGGCUGCGCAGUGGACCUGCAGCAUUUUAACUCGGGCGCUCAGUCGGUGCUAGCGUACGCCACGGUCAACGGCUCGCUAGUGGGCUGGGACCUUCGCUCCAACGCCGACGCCUGGACGCUUCGCCACGACCUGCGACUGGGGCUCAUCACCUCCUUCAGCGUGGACAUGCACCAGUGCUGGCUCUGCCUCGGCACGAGCAGCGGCACCAUGGCGUGCUGGGACAUGCGCUUCCAGCUGCCCAUCUCCAACCACACACACCCGGCCCGCGCCCGCAUCCGACGCCUGCUCAUGCACCCGCUGUACCAGUCGUCGGUCAUCGCCGCCGUUCAGGGUAACAACGAGGUGUCCAUGUGGGACAUGGAGACCGGAGAUCGCAAGUUCACGCUGUGGGCCAGUUCGGCGCCUCCGCUCUCGGAGUUGCAGCCAUCGCCUCACAGCGUACACGGCAUCUACUGCAGUCCGGCAGACGGGAAUCCUCUGCUGCUCACCGCCGGCUCCGACAUGAGGAUCAGGUUCUGGGAUCUGGCGUACCCGGAGAGGUCCUACAUCGUGGCGGGCGGAGCCAACGACUCCCUGCACUGCCCUUCCGUCCUGUACAGCCGGAAGAUCAUCGAAGGCACCGAAGUGGUGCAGGAAAUCCACAGCAAACAAAAAAGCGGCGCCGCCGAAGACUCGCCACGGCGCGGCCCCGACUCGCUUCCCGUAGGCCAUCACGACAUCAUCACCGACAUCGCCACCUUCCAAACCACGCAAGGUUUCAUCGUCACUUCGUCCAGGGACGGCAUCAUCAAAGUCUGGAAGUGAAAAAGUUGCUCGCCCCGUCCCCAAAAAACUGGUAUCAAAAAAAAAAAUCGUGCUGUACAUAUUUUGUUUGAUAGUUUGAACAUGUGAAGUCGCGAGACCGAAUAAACGCCGAUGUUGUAACUCCGCCUCCGAAAAUGCCAGAGUUUGAUUUCUUUUACAACGCUCAAACUUUAGUUUUAACACAAUUAUUUUUCUGCUUUAUUAUUUAUACGCUAUAAUUAAUAGUGUAUGUUAACACAGAUUUUAAAAAAUUGCCAUUGACGUCAAAUUGGAUUGGACGUCUGUUGCUGUCAAUGGUAGUGAAUGAGUUCAUAUUAAAUUUUUUCUGUUGUUGUCAGUGUUAUAAAUGAUUUAAGAAAUACUAAUAAUUGAAAUACUCUUUAAAAAAUAAUUUUGUAUAUUCAUAAAAUUAAUAAAACAAAAACUAAUAUAAUC